UCAGAAAAAUACCUCCUGCUCUGAACUGACUUAAGUCACUAUCAAUGAAUUGGCGUGUUCGACCUGCUCACGAAAGCUAUCAUCACAAAGAAAAACAUGGCUGGUAGAGCAUAAUCCUCUGCAACCAUUUCCCCAAUUUGCUUUUGAAGGCAACUGCAUAUCUUUCCACUUCAUUCCUCGACCACCAUGUUUCAAGCCUUUUGCAAACUGGUAUUCCUAUCUUUUCUCCUCCUCUGUAUUGCUGCCAAAAUCAAAGGACAAGAUGAAACAAGCAAUAUUACAGGCUAUAGCUGCUCUGAUGGCCCAACAUCAUGUGAUACAUAUGUCUUUUAUAAAGCCCAAGCUCCUAAUUACCUAAAUUUGAGGACUAUCGGUGAUUUGUUUCUUGUUACCCCGUCAAGUAUAGCAACAGCCAAUGAUUUUCCUGAUGAUACCUCUUCUUUAGCUGAAGGGCAAAGUUUGCUUAUUCCCAUCGCAUGUACAUGCAUGCGAAAUUAUUCCCAGGCCAACAUAACGUUCGUUAUACCGCCCGGUGGUACCUUUUGGAAGAUUUCAACAGAGAACUUUGAGCAUUUGACCACAUAUCAGGCUGUAGAAAUUGCAAAUCCUACUUUGGUACCAGAAAAUCUCACUAUUGGUACUCCGGGUAUCUUUCCAAUCAGGUGCCAGUGUCCCUCCAGAGCCCAAAUUAGUGAAGGGAUCAAGAUGCAGAUAACAUAUGUUGUGCAGGAAGCAGACACUCUGGAAUCCAUCAGUGAAAAAUUUGAUGCAACUCUCGAGGAUUUGAAGUCUGCUAAUGGUGCGCUGUGGAUUUACUUCUACAUUUUCAGAAGGAAGAGAGCUGCAUCCAUCGCUGGUCAAAUGCUAGAAGGUAUGGAUCUUGAAAAGCUUCUACAUCACAUUCCACGACGGUUUAAAAUGGAUGAUCUAAUAGUCGGAACUAACAAUUUCAGCGAAACUCAAAAGCUUGGGGAGGGAGGUUUCGGUGGAGUGUAUAAAUGUAAUCUUGUUCAAACAAAUGAGAUUGUGGCUGUAAAGCGCAUAUCAGAAGGUUCAAGGCAAGGGAUUAAAGAAUUUAUUUCAGAAGUGAGUAUAGUUAGUCGUUUGAGACAUAGGAAUCUUGUUCAACUCCUGGGAUGGUGCCAAGAGCGAGAUCAGUUGCUUUUGGUCUAUGAAUAUAUGUCUAAUGGAAGCCUAGAUAGACAUAUUUUCCCCAAAAGAGGAGAAGAAGAAGAGCGGCAAGUGCUGCAGUGGAGUUUUAGGUACAAAAUAGCUAGUGAAAUUGCGAUUGCUCUAUUGUAUCUUCACGAAGAAUGGGAUGAAUGCGUUGUGCAUAGAGAUAUAAAAUCCAGUAAUGUUUUGUUGGAUAGCAAUUUCAGUGCAAAGAUUGGGGAUUUUGGCUUAGCGCGCAUGGUGACACAUGAUCGUCUAAUUCAGACCACCCGAGCUGCAGGAACAUUGGGAUAUCUUGCCCCUGAAUGUGUCGCAUCAGGAAAAACUAGUCCUCAAUCUGAUGUUUACAGCUUUGGAGCAGUGGCUUUGGAAAUAGCCUCUGGGAAAAGAGUAAUAGAUGUGAGCUUGGUAGAUUUCGACAUGCGGCUUGUAGCGUGGGCAUGGGAUCUGUAUGGUCGAGGUAGACUAUUGGAGGGUGCAGACGUGAGAUUAAAUGGAGAGUUUAAAAAAGAAGAAAUGGAACGAUUGAUGGUAGUGGGGUUGUGGUGUUCUCAUCCUGAUGCUGCUAGUCGCCCCAAAAUGAAGCAAGUGCUGAAGUUACUGAACUUUGAAGUUGAAGCACCUGGUCUUCCACAUGCAAUGCCUGUACCAUCAUAUGCUUACACAACAUUUACCACCAAGUCUUCACUUCCACACUCUCUUCCAACGACUUUGAGUCCACGAUAGAUCUAUCUCUAGAUUUGGUAAUCUCUUAUAAUUCUCUUGGUUAUUGGCUAAUGUGAGCCUACCUGGAUAACUUUCAUGUUAUGGGCUAUCUGUUUGUGAGUUCUUUUGAUUUUGCAGUCUGCAGCAUCAAUACAGUCAUAUAUACAUUAAGGUUGCAUGAUAUAUAGACCGCUUUGAGCAUUAAUACAGUCAUAUAUACAUUUAGGAGGGAGGCUUUUUAAAAUAUUUAAUGGGUGCUGUAAGCAAGUGGUGCCCUGAAUUUUCAUUUUAAGUUCCAAAAUCUAAAGAUCUUAAUGUUCCCAUGUAUUUAUUAUUUUGUAUAUUCAAUUUAGCAGAAUAUAUAAAUAUAAAAUUUUACUGCACCCCUUAACAUAGAGGGCUCUGUUUACAAUUUAGAUGGUUAAGUUUAUGCCAUAAAGUAGAUAAGAGAAGCAUCUGAAGUGCUGAAGAUUUUGCAGGUCAAUUAUAGUACAUUGGUGAAACUGGGAGGAUUUGGCAUCAGUUCAGAGCUUAGUUGCCAGAAACGCAACGAUCUCCCGUCGUUUUGCGUUUCAACGCAAGAAAUGGUUUCUCGUUUCUAACGGCUUUUCUUUGCAGGCAAAUUUGAUUAUAUUUAAUUUUUAUCAUUAAUUUAAAUUUGAUUAUAUAUAUAACUUGCAUGUUUAUAUAUAUAUAUGUUUGCAAUAUCUUAAAAUAAUUUAUGCUUAUCUUCCACUAGUUUUUCAGAAUAUCAAAAUAAAUUUAAUUAUAUUUAGUUUUUAUCAUUAAUUUAGAUUUGAUUAUAUAUAUAACCAACCUUGAAAUAUUCCAUUUCUAGUCACAUUGUCGUUGCGUUGCAUUUCUAGUUUCUCAUUUCUGGUAACUUAGGUUCAGAAUAUAAAUUUAUCAUAAUUUAUGAUGAUGCAGAGAAUGGUUCUCUUAAUUGCUGGUGCCAUGAUCCUGAAUCCAUUUCGGAGCAGAAUGCUUCUACUUUGAGCUUUAUACUUCUUUCAUGGAAGAUC